AUGCCGGUAGCAGCGGGUCCACUCGCGAUAGCCAUCGCAUAUGGUAUCUCCAUCCUCGCCUACCCACCCGCCACCUCCCUCGCUCGUAAACAAACCAUGGUGUACCUCUUCGUACCGGUAUUCUUCGCAUUCCGGUAUUGCGAAUAUAUCUCGCCCAACUCCGAUCACGUCGAUACACUUGCCCGAGCAUGUAUCAUCUGGUUCGCACACAUGAGCUACGAAGUGUGCAUCUUGGAAUUCAAGCCCAAUGUGCGUCCUGGCCCGGGUGAAACCAAGGAGCGCAUCAGGCAAGCAUACAAGGUGUUCUUUGACCGGAGUCAUUCGCAACACAUCCCACAAGCCAGAUAUAAACACGGCUUCUCGCGCUGGCAGUUCGUCUUCUACCACUUCUUCAAAGCCCUCCGCUUGUACGCGCAGCAAUACGCCUGGGAAUACUACGAAUACCACGUCUCGCCGUUUCGCCGGGACCCCGACGCCUACGCCACGGCAGACCAUAUUUCCUUCUUCAGGCGACUGCCCUCGUCGCUGCACUACCGAGAAAUCUACUGGCGCACCGAAGAAGCCUUCAACUGGAACGUGCCGACAAAGUGGCUGUACGAAAGCUACCACAGCAUCUUCGCCGUGCUACACGUUGCACUGGGCAUUGAUGGCCCCGAAGAAUGGGGCCUGGGUCUCUUUGGAAAUCUCUCUGCUGCAUGGUCGGUUCGACGGUACUGGAGGCACUACUGGCACAACUACAUCUACCACUCCUUCAACGGUCACGUCAAGUGCGUGACUAGGGGCUGGCUCGGCAUGUCGCGCAACACUUUCACGCGCUUGUUCGAGAACAUGCUCGUCUUCUUCCUUUCGGGCCUCAUGCACACAGCCGUGAGGUGGCAGGUCUCUCCCUGGGGGGAUAUCUGGGCCAUCACCUUCAUGUACACGAGCCAGGUUAUUCCACUGGCUAUCGAGGGUGGUGUAGUUUAUUGCUGGAGGAAGGCGAGGAAGAGCCUGGGAUAUGGCACUGAUGCCAAAUGGGUUGAUCGCUUCGAGUACGCUAUCGGAUAUUUUUGGGCUUUUGCUUGGCAGUUUUACAGCAUUUCGACGUACUGGCUGGUCAGGGAUAAGUGGACGGAGGAAAAGAUGGCGAAGAAUUAUCAAAAGGAGAUGGAAAGUUGGGGUUUCAACGAGACGGACUCGGAGAGUGAUUGA